GGUCAGUUUGUCACUGCCUGUGCUUAAGUGGGGAGCUGGAGCCAGAUAUGUCCUUAAACACUGCUUUGUCUUGGUAGUUGCUGAUAGUUCCUUAAAGUGACACCCUGGUGAGAUACUCUUCCAGGGGGCUGGAACAUCGCAGGGAUGACCUGGGAGGAGAAGCAAGGAAUGAUGGGUGUCAGUGGAAGAUGAAGAGAUAGAAAGGUUGGCUGAUGAGUCACUGGGGAGACAAAACGUUUCAAGAGAUUCCGUUUUGUAGUAGGAAAGAGCUCCGUGUGAAUGUCGCUUUGCUCCACAGGCUGGUCCUCUCUGGUACUUAUUCUGACUCCUCAUAAUCUAACUCGUUCUAUCAGGACACUACAGGAACGACCUUCAGUUUUUUAAAAUUCUUUUCUUUAAAGAAACAUAUUUAGUUCCUUCCAAUUAUCUUCCAAUUAAUAUAAAAUCCGUCGUUCUCUCGGGGAUGCUGAACAACCAAGGCCGACUCUGACCGUGGUGCAGAAGAAACCUGACAGGACCUGCCCUCCUGUGGGCAGGACUGAGAGGAACGUUCACGUCUCAGAUUGGUAACCAGCCCCUCCGAUUUUCUUUAAUCCAUAUUCAUUCAUGAUAAUGCAGGAGCACAGCUGGUCUAGGAAAUGUCAUUCAUCUUUGGAGAUGGAAAACCUACCAGACAGACAGUUACACUCUCAUGCAUCACCUCAAUUGACAACUGUGGCGAGGAGGAAGUGAGUGACUGAACUCAGACCAGACACUGAAGGACUUGAUCUCAGUACCCAACCCAUGCUUUCCAUGUGAUCGGAGGGAGCUGCAGCAUUUGCCAUAACACUCAGAGCUGAAAUGGUUCCUCUUUGGAACAAUAUAAGUUCCGUUUUCCAGGCCUGGAACUGUUCCAACUGCAGCCGAGCCGCAAACCCUGAGCUGGAUGUGGUCAAGGCAAUGGUGCUGAGCCUGGUUCUUGGCGUUUUUGUGCUGUUUGGAGUUCUGGGUAAUGUGCUGGUCAUCCUGUCUGUGGUGUGCCACCGCCACCUACACACCGUCACUCACUACUUCAUCGCCAACCUGGCAGUGGCCGACCUGCUGCUUAGUACCAUGGUGCUGCCCUUGUCGGCCGCCUUCGAGAUUUGUGGCCACUGGCCAUUCAGCCGGCCCCUUUGCAGUGCCUGGGCAGCACUGGAUGUGCUCUGCUGCACUGCCUCCAUCCUCAGCCUGUGUGCCAUCUCCGUGGACCGCUGCCUGGGCAUUAGCUACCCUCUGCGCUACCCAGCCAUGAUGACGCAGCAACGCGGACUACUGGGGCUGGUCAUGCUAUGGCUGCUGGCAGCGGCCAUCUCUGUCGGGCCACUGCUGGGCUGGAGGGAGCCGAUGCCCACGGAUGAGUCAGUGUGUCCCGUGAACCAGGAACCCGCCUAUGUCAUCUUCUCAGCUGUGGGCUCCUUCUAUCUGCCGUUGGCCGUCAUCCUGGUCAUGUACUGCCGUGUUUACAUUGUCGCUCGUGGUGAGAUACGCGACCUCAGGGAGGGCCGCAAGACCAACCUGUCGAACCCGGGAGAGGUGACCUUGCGCAUGCACCGUGGACCCUCGUCCACGGUUGCUGUGGAAGUGGGGCAAGGGCAGGCUGAACACCUGCGAGGCCGGACACCACUCACUCUCCGCCUGCUCAAGUUCUCCCAGGAGAAGAAGGCUGCCAAGACCUUGGGCAUUGUGGUGGGCUGCUUUGUGCUCUGCUGGCUGCCCUUCUUCCUGGUAUUACCUAUUGGCUCCAUAUUCCCGUCAUACAGACCCUCUGACACCGUCUUCAAAGUCACCUUCUGGCUGGGUUACUUCAACAGCUGCAUAAACCCUGUCAUCUACCCCUGUUCCAGCAAGGAGUUUCAAAGAGCUUUCCAAAAUGUUCUGCACUUCCGCUGCCAUGGCCCGUCGCCCCACUUGACCCGGCAGCCCUGCCCAGGGCCAGGCCGCAGUGCCCCAGCCAGGCUUUCGCUUUCUGCCCAGACCUCACCUCUGUUCCAGGCUUCACCUAUAAAAUCUCGGCUCCGCAGCAAAAGUCUACUCAGAGUAUUCUGCGGCACUGCUGGGCCGACAGCCCCAGAAGAGGCCACCCUGCCCCCAUUCCAUUCCACCCUCCCCAAGGCCAAGAUUCACCAUCUCUCUCUGGGAGAGGUUGGCGAGGCUGUUUGACUUUCUGUCUACGCUAAUCCCAAUUUGUGGAACAGUGUGUAGCAUAUGCAGACCUCUCCUAGAGACCAUUGCAGCUAAAAAUAUGAUCUUCCCAAACCUGAAAAGGUUGUUUUACUCUGUCUCAGGCUGUAGCUGCAGAGAAGCCCACACUUAGCACAGUUAGCAUGUGUUUAUGAGUUAUUUAUCAUGUACCUCUUCAAGUGGCAACUGAUGGAUCCUUUGAUGGGACGCAAUAUCAAGGCACUAAAGGAUAGUUUUGCCUCUGGAAGUCAUGGAAGGAGGUAUUAACAGUUAUGUUAGCAGUACUAUUAACAGUGAUGUUAUCAGUACUAUUAACAGUGAUGUUAUCAGUACUAUUAACAGUGAUGUUAGCAGUACUAUUAACAGUGAUGUUAGCAGUACUAUUAACAGUGAUGUUAGCAGUACUAUUAACAGUUAUGUUAGCAGUACUAUUAACAGUGAUGUUAGCAGUGCCAUCAGUUGUGAUACAGACAUCACACCUCUUCCGGUUGUUCCAGGAGUCUCCUGCAGAUUGACAGCAGCCCCCUGACACCCACCAAUGAUGCACAAUGUGCCGGAAAUCUGUUGCUCUGCUAAUCAGCAGCAGUAAAAUUACACUGCCAGAGGUUUAUCUGCUGCAAUCCCACCUAACCCGGGCGUCAAAUUCUAACCCUGCCCUCUGUCCCAGGUUGGCAGAUUUGACUGAUGGUAUGAUGGUACCCCAGCACCCCUUCCCACAGCCAGCACUUGUCUUGGGUGGUGUAUAAUUUUAUCCAUUCAGAUGACAUUUUAAGAAGCAACACAUUUCCUAAUAAAAUUUGUCUAUCUGGGGAGGGGUGCUGUUCAAACAAAAAUACUCUGGGAAUACAGACUUACUGUAAUACCCCCCAAGCCAAGCCAGCACCCCCUGCCAGUUGUGUCUCAUCUGCCUCCCAUAAAUCAAUAUGCCUUUGCUGGGGUGUCUGGUGAUAUGGUGAUAUGUAAUAUUAACAGUGUUUAUGAGCCUAUAAUUGUCCAAUAAUGUGUAAACGUGAUGUAUUUCAAUGUAAAAACCAGUGUAAACAUGAACAGCGUGUCUGAAUUAACCGUGUUGUCCAGAUUCGGCCAGCAUGGUGUCUUCCUCACCUGGAAGUUCCUAUUAGCUGUUAGCAUUGAUCAUUGGAUCAUGCCUGAACACCUGCCCUUUUAGGCUGGACGACUGACAGUGCUGCGCUUUUGAUGUCUCAAGUGCCCUUUUGAUAACCAACCAACCCGAUCAGAGGGACACCGCCCUCCCCCCAGCCGGGCCGGCAAAUGAAGAGGGCCAUGCCCCCUCAUACAAGCACCCGUCCUUCGAAACGUUUGUGCAGGUCACUGCAGCUGGGUCCUAUCACAGUGUUGACAUAUCACAGGGGGUUUGGGGAGGGCUGCUGGUAUGUCCUGCUCACUUAAUACCUCAGCAUUCCAGAAGGUUCUUUGGGGUGCUAUCAGUGGAGAAGGGGCCUGUUUCUCCAUUCCAGCAUCUGACUGUGUGGGUGCAUGGAAGGUUACUUUUUGUCCUGACUCAAUUUGCAGGAUCUUACAAUGUUGAGAAGUUGGGCUUCUGUUCAUAGGACAGGUGCCAUGUUGGUGUGCCUCAGAAUGGAGCACUGUGAAACAGUUCAUCAAUGGCCAGUUCGGCAGGAUCAUGGGUGAAGAUACCCAAUCAGAAGGUCCUGAACGACUGCCCUGGACUGCACUUCAGUGAGCAUGUGCAAGUGUGCUGAGGAGGUGAUGUCACUGCUGUGAAACAUUUCACCUUGGACUGGGUGGUCACAGCUGAGAUGACGACCCUGGAUGGCUCCAGCGGUGCACACACCAAUGUUCGUGCUGCUCAGCCAUGAAGGAGCAUGUGAAUUCACGUUUAGGUCGUCCUUCUCACAAAAACACAGGCUGUGCUGUGUCACGUUCAAAAUAAGCUGCCUUAUUUCUGCUUAGUGUAAUGUGGGGUGAAUGAGAACAUUGCGUUUCUGGAAGGGUCCGUCAUCGCUGUGUGCGAUGAUAUAUUAACUGUGGCGGCACUGCUUAUAUCCAUCAGCUCGGAAAAAAAUUACGCCGUUUGGUUAACGUAUCGUUUUGUUAAUUCAUUCAUUCAACAUUAGUUUUUUGGUUCAUGUAAAAUAGCCCCGUGUCGAUCCAGAACGAGACAGGUGGCAUAUUUCUUCUGCUGCGAUCAGUUUGCCAUGACUAACCCUGACAGGCAUAAAAACUGCCGAUAACACACCUCCUGCCCCAGCGAGGUACGUACCACGAGUAGAAAAAUGUGGUAUAACAAUAAUUGAUAAUUCAUUAAUACAUAACAGUAAUGCCAGUCUAUGCAUCCAUCUUUCAACUGAUUAUUCAAUCCGGAGAGCACGGAGUCUAUUUCAGGAAGGACAGGCCACAACGUAGAUGUGACGUUAAAAUAAUGAAUAGUAUGAACAAAGCGACAUGGAUAUAAUUAUAUAGAACGGUGUCUUACUUUGUCUUAUUGUGUAUUUCGCAGGACACUACUAAAUUUUAGCUGGUACUUUUCCUGGAAAAAGAUCGAUCCAGCGUCGUGAGGUACGAGCGCUCUCUCGCGUGCUUUUUACAGCGUCCCCCUCUCGAAUUGUGUGUGUAUGGUGCCACCUAGUGUCUCAUGGAUAGAACUGCAUGCUGAUUCACUUAGGGUGGUUAUUUCAUUUAAGAUGUCUCCAUCCCCACCAUUUGAACGCUACGCGGAGUCUUUACCGCAGAAUCCUUUACGAAUGCUGUGUGUUUAACUUAAUGUUCUCCCUAAAUCUACCCGAUAAACUCGUAUUUUCUUCCUCUGUACAAAUCGCAUACAUACUCAGUAUUCAGCCAUUUGUAUGAUGGACUGGGCUCCA